AUGAAACUCUGGUUGCUGACGAUAUUGUGGUUAUAUUCUGGAUACGCGUUCAAAUCCCCUCGACGUUGGGCCCAAUUUCAACGGGAGCUGCUCACAAAUGCCAAUGGAAAGUGUAAUGAAUAUCGUCCGUUUCGCGAUGACAAGACGAGGAUGGUGUGCGUGUGCGACUCAGGGCAAUGUCACCGGAUGCCGGCACUUGGGAAUAUCACCGCCGGAUCGUCGUAUCACCUCGCGUCGAACAUGGCCGGGUUGCGCCUCGCUACUAAGCGCGUCCGCCAGGGUCGAAAGAUUGAUCCGAGUAAGAUCGAGGGGCUUUGCGCUAACGUGCCGAAAAACGGCUUGAAGCUGAAGGUGAAGCCGAGCAAAAAGUUCCAGGAGAUGAUCGGUUUUGGGGGUGCCAUGACCGACGCGGCGGCGAUGAACAUCGACCGCAUGGACAAUGAUGAAUUUGAGGAGCGGCUGCUCGGCGCUUAUUUUUCGGAUGAAGGCCUGGAAUACACGCUGAUCCGAAUCCCGAUGGCUUCCAGCGAUUUCUCUACGCGCGAAUAUUCGUACGUCAACACCCCAAACGACUUCACGCUCGACUCGUUUCAUUUGGCCGAGGAGGACGAUUGGAAGAUCAAAUUCAUUCGGAAGGCCCAGAAAAUGGCGCGCUAUCCGAUAAAGGCUUUCGGGAGUCCCUGGUCUGCCCCAGCUUGGAUGAAAACUACCGGCCAUAUGAAAGGGGGUGGGAAGCUGAAUCCCGGCGCGAAUUACUCCGAGGCGUGGGCCCAAUAUUUUGUGAGAUUUAUCGAGGACUACAACGCGCAGGGUGUCCCAAUCUGGGGCGUUACCGUCCAAAACGAGCCCUCCGCCGGCGAGGAUGGGGAAUGGAAAUGGCAAGCUAUGUAUUUUCCGCCCGAGGACCAAGCCAACUUUGUGGCCAACCACCUCGGCCCUGCUUUGAAACAAUCGAAAAUAGCUAGCUCAGUCAAAAUCAUGAUCCACGACGACUUCCGUGGAAAUCUGCCGGAGUGGGCCGACCGGACCCUGGCGAACAAGGAGGCGGCAAAGUACGUGGAUGGGAUCGGGGUGCACUGGUAUGGGAAAGCGGAUCCGGAAAGAUUGAGCCAGACCAAGGAGCAUCACCCGGACAAGUUUAUCCUGGGAACCGAGGCCUGCGCCGGCAGUGGCGGCGCCAAGGAGCACGUCCGACUGGGCGAUUGGGGCCGAGCCGAGGCCUACAUGGUGGAUAUGAUCCAAGAUUUCUCACAUCAAGUAUCCGGCUGGGUUGACUGGAACUUGGCGUUGGAUAUGGGCGGCGGGCCGAAUUGGGUGGGCAACUUUGUCGACUCCCCGAUCCUCGUCAAUCACACCGCCCAUCGAUUCUACCUCCAGCCGAUGUUGUACGCCAUCGCGCAUUUCAGUAAAUUCGUGAAACCUGGAGCUUAUCGUAUCGAUUCGUCGAUGCAAGGCAACGAAGAGGCAAACCUUCAAUCGGUCGCGUUUGAGAAUCCGGAUGGAUCGAUUGUGGCCGUCGUCUACAAUUCGGCCGAUUGUACGGUGGCGCUGAACGUUGAGGAUGAAAUGGGGCACGUACACGGUCUCCAAAUUGAUCCACGCUCUUUCAAUACGCUUCUCUAUAAGCCGGAGCAGCCG